CUCUCUAGCGACGCGCCUGGCGACCGCUGAAGCCCACUUUGAACUCUUGGGGAGCGGGAGGGGUCUUGACUUCCCCGUGUGCGUCUCGCCCCAUGUGCCCGUCGCAGCUCGCACUACUGCAGGUGUUGUUCCUGCUGGUCCCCGAGGGCGUCUGGUCUCAGCCCUCAUCCUCCCCGUCUGGGGCUGUGCCCACCCCAUCGGACGUGGGGCCGGGGUCGCCGGGCGGGACCCUUCAGUCCUCCUCGGAGGGCUCUGAAACUCCCUGGCCAGUGCCUGGGAUCUCUACGGUGGGCCCUACGGUAGUGACCCCCUCUGCACCUGGGAAUGGGACCGUAGACCUCUUCCCAGUCUUACCGAUCUGUGUCUGUGACCUGACUCCUGGUACCUGCGACAUAAAUUGCUGCUGCGACAAGGACUGCUAUCUACUCCAUCCGAGGACAGUUUUCUCCUUCUGCCUUCCAGGCAGCGUGAGGUCUUCAAGUUGGGUGUGUGUGGACAACUCUCUAAUCUUCAGGAGUAAUUCCCCAUUUCCUUCGAGAGUUUUCAUGGAUUCAAGUGGAAUUAGGCAGUUUUGUGUCCAUGUGAAUGAUUCAAAAUUAAACUAUUUCCAGAAGCUUCAAAAGGUCAAUGCAACCCACUUUGAGGCCCUGGCUACAGAGUUUGGAGGCGGAUCCUUCACUUCAACAUUCCAAACCCAGUCACCACCACCUCAUUACAGGGCUGGGGACUCCAUUUUGACUUACUUCCCCACGUGGUCUGUAAUCAGCUUGCUGAGGCAGCCUGCGGGAGUUGGAGCUUGGGGGCUCUGUGCUGAGAACAAUCCUGCAGGUUUCCUGGAGAGUAAAAGUACAACCUGUGCUCGUUUCUUCAAGAACUUGACAAGUAGCUGCACCUUGGAUCCAGCCCUCAAUGCUGCCUCUUAUUAUAACUUCACAGUCUUAAAGGUUCCAAAAGGUAUGACUGAUCUGCAGAAUUUGAAGUUCCAGGUUCCUGUAACCCUUGUCUCAGAAGCUGAUCCUCCUUUCUUGUCUGGAAACACUUGUCAGAAUGUGGUUUCCCAGGUCAUCUAUGAGAUAGAGACGAAUGGGACUUUUGGAAUCCAGAAAGUCUCUGUCAGUUUUGGACAAACCAACCUGACUGUCGAGCCAGGCACUUCCUUAGAGCAACACUUUAUCAUUCGCUUCAGGGCUUUUCAACAGAGCAUAGCUACUUCUUUUACUCGUCCUAGAAGUGGAAAUCCUGGCUAUCUUGUUGGGAAGCCACUUUUGGCCAUAACUGGUGAUUUAAGUCACCCUAUGACCCUCUUACAGAGUCAGGGUGAUGGAAUUUGCUCUGUUAAGAGACAUGAAGUACAAUUUGGAGUGAAUGCAGUAUCUGGAUGCAAGCUCAGGCUGAAAAAGGUGGCUUGCAGCCACUUACAGCAGGAGACUUAUGAGGCUCUUCAUGGAAAGACCAGCCCAGAACUUGUUGCCAUCUUUGGUAAUGCUGACCCGGCCCGGAAGAGUGAGUGGACGAGGAUUCUCAGCAGCAACUGCAGUGUUUCGGCUAUGCAUUGCACUUCCUGCUGUGUCAUACCAGUUUCCCUGGAGAUCCAGGUAUUGUGGGCAUAUAUAGGCCUCCAGUCCAACCCACAAGCUCAUGUGUCAGGAGCCCGGUUCCUAUACCGGUGCCAAUCCGUAAAGGAUUCCCAGCAAAUAAUAGAUGUACCUUUGACAACUGUUGUGACCUUUGUGGACAUUACCCAGAAGCCAGAGCCUCCAAGGGGCCAACCUAGAAUAGACUGGAAACUGCCAUUCGACUUCUUUUUUCCCUUCAAAGUGGCAUUCAGCAGAGGAGUAGACUCUCAGAAAGGCUCAGCCUCUCCCAUCCUUAUCCUGUGUCUCUUAGUACUUGGAGUUCUCAAGCUAGAAACCAGGUGAAACAAAAAGAACCAGCUAUUAAUUUUCCCUAUGGGAAGUUCGGAGACAGCCUACUUAAUCUUGGCUAAAUAGGUCCAUACCUGCUCGUGACCAGAGGAGAGUGUAUAAGAUAACAGAGGACCUAACUGAAGGAAUGUUUGUAUGUGAAAGAAGGGAUUUUCGAAAAGCAAUAAAAAUACCUUAUUUGUCAUGGUUCUCUGCUUAGGACUGUGCAGACCACCAAGUACACAUUAGGUUCUCUACUUCUCAAGCUAGGAAGAACACAAAGAGCCCUGCCUCCAGCCUUCAGCUUGUGUUUGCCUCACUGAAGUUUUGCAAGAUCUUCAUCCAUCUGCUCACAGGCACACUGAGGCCCAGCAUUGAAAGGAACGUGCUCCUGCUGUCCCCUGGAUGAACUUGGGAAUAGAUGCCCUCUGGACUUGAGAGGAGCUGAAAACUGCUGGCUAAGGAUUUCAUCUCGCCUCUCCCCAUUCCCUUGGGCCACACUCUGUCCGGGCAUGAGUGAGGAGAGCAACUCUUUCUAGUCAGUUUCCAAAAUGACUGUGGAAUCCCAGACCCCCAUUUUUUACUAGCAAAUGAUCCUACCGCUCA